UCUAUUUAAAUUUUUCUAUCAAAAAUUAAAGUCAUUGCAAUAUAAAAAAAUUAACCAUGGCAAAAAAAGGCGGGGCUCAAAAACUACAGGAAGAAAUUUCCAGCGAUGAAGAGUUGGAGCGAUUUCUGGACAGACCUGGCUUAUUAGUAUUGGAUGUUUAUUCUGAAUGGUGUGGUCCAUGCCUGGGAAUGGUGGGAACUCUAAAGAAAAUCAAACUGGAAUCUGGAGGAGAUAGCCUAUCAUUGGCCAUAUGCAAAUGCGAUAACAUAGAAGCAUUGAAAAGAUUCCGGCGAAAAAGUGAACCUACUUGGUUAUUUGUAACGAAUGGCAAAGCUAUUAACAUAAUGUUUGGCAGUGACGCUCCCAAGUUAUUGAGUCUAAUUCAGGCCGAACUCAACGAUUUGGUUAAUAUGAAACGUGAUUUUUAUGAAAUUUCCGAAUACCAGCCUGUUGAGGAAAAAGUUCGUCAAGCCAAGGAAAAUGUCAUUAGGGCAACUGAACGUCAGCAAUUUGAGGCCAAAGAAAAGAAACGUCUGGACUAUCUGAAUCAAGUCACCGAUAUUAUAAUGGCAAAUCUUUCGGAUAUGGGUGUGACUAUAUUUGGGCCCCAAGUAAAUCGUGAUGUUUUAAAGAAACUAAUUGAGACAGCUGAAAACUUAAAAAUACAAUGCAAGGAUCGAAAAUUCUUGCAACUAGCCGCAGAGAAAUUUGAAACUAUCCAUUUUGACUGUCCCAAUCCAUUGGAGGAAGAUGUUUUACAACAAUUGGAUGGUAAAGAACUUUUAGUGUGUUUGUGGAAGUUGCCAGGCGAGGAUAAAGAUAUACCAAAACUUUUAAACAACUAUGCAAAUGAGUUAAUGAUGUCCCAUACCCAACAAACAGAUGAUGUUAUUGAGGAGGAGAUUGUGUUGCCCCCAAUUUUGAAGCCUAUGGAAGUUAAAGUUGAAGUGGAGUUGCAAGAGGGUGAUAUAUGGAUAGAACCCGAUGAUACUUCAUCUGAGGAAAAUCUUAAUGCCAAAGAAAUUACUGAGACAGAAAAUGAUGAAGGAGAAAAUGAACUUGAAGAAUCGGCAGAGGAAGAAGUCCAUGAAGUUUUAGUUGGCGAGGCAGAAAAGCAUUUUACAGCCCUAGAUUUAGAUUUGGACGAUACUCCGCAAAAAGCAUUAGUAAAAGAAGAAGAGCCCAUACAAAUCACCACGGUCCCCAAGAAACAAAUACGCCUCAAAAAAGUUCGCAUACCCCCAAUAUGGGUGGCUAAUAAUCAUAGAACUCAUGCUGCCUUGAUUUAUGUCCUCUUUCGCAAUCAAACACAAAGUUUUCUACCACCGGAUCCAGUGCCAGAACCUCCACAUGUUAUAAUGGCUUUCGAAACCAGUAAGAAGCGUGACCUUAUCGCCCAUGCCGAACUUCACAAGGUAGAAGUGCCAUUGUAUGGCUUCUUUACCAGCGAUGAUGCCAAAACUGCUGAAUUUAUUUCAAACUCCUUAGAGAAAUAUAAAAUUCAGACAGCCAACGAUAAAAUUGUUUUUAAGAUCCAUAAGGCUACAUCACACACAAUGUUGUCUUUUAUGAUCUAUGAGCCCACUUAUGUUAGUCCCAAUGUCGAUGUGGGCCAAGAGGAAGCCAAGAAAUUCUUCCCUGAAUCAUAUAAGACAGUCGAACAAGAAAGAGAGGAGGAAGCCAAGACCUCAGCCGAUGAACCUACAAAGAAGAAGAAAAAAUCUUUAGUGUUGAAAGAAGUUGAGUCUGAUCAUGGCUCAAUGGAAUUAUCAACUGAAGAUGGCAUUCAAGCAGAAGUAAUCGAAGACGAAGAAAAUGUUAAAGAAAUAAGCAAAACAGAAGUAACAACUGAAUCAGCUCCAGCCGCAUAGAAACUAAAAAUACAAAUAUAUAAAACUUUUUUAUUAAAAAAUUUUAAAUUACUCUCACACAACUCCAAACAUUAAAAUAAAUCGAAAGUGAACAUUUUAACAAAAGGCUUUGACCAAA